GCAGCACAGCCACGCAAGGCGCGGCUCUUCUUUCCGAGUGGCGCCCGCCAGCUGAAACUGUAAACAGGAGCACGGGAGCAUGGGGAAGGCGAUGCUGCGGGUCAGGUUUUUCAGUGAUGCGGACGUGGAAGCCGUGCAGCAUAAAGAGGAAGGGAUAGCAGUCUGACAGCUGUGUCUGUCAGGCUGUGGUUCCUCCUAUUAUGUCUUGCACUGCUGGGAUGCUGGUAUAUAUGAGCAAAAAAUCCAGUACCUCUGUCUGAACGAGGCCAUGUAAGGAAAAGGAACUCUUCCCAUUAUCUCAAUGGGUCAGAGUUACCUCCAGUGGAGGAGACUGAGGAAGAAGCCAAAGAUUUUUACUUUAAGCCUACAGAGCUACUUGAAAAUGAUGAAAAUCACAUCAGAACCACCACUGUAUUUGGAUUUCAAACUCCAAAAAAGAGAUUAAGUAUGCUGGCCAAGGCUGGAUCUGCUAGCAAGACAGGGAACACUCCAAGGACUCCCCACACACCCCACUUAGGAACGCCUAGGACUCCGAGAACCCCAAACACACCCAAGACUCCAAGCUCAGCAAAAAAAGGUAGUGUCAGAACACCAAAGAGCAAGAGAAGAUUGACUGAGGCUUCAGAUGCUCCAACUCCUUGUGGCUUCAGGAAAAGAGUAAAGCAGCGCAUCACCAAAAUGGUGUGUGAGGAAAUUUUCUCUUCUGAUGAUGGCGAUUCUGAUUACAAGAGCACCUCCAGUGAAAGUGAUUCUAAUGAUGAUAAUGAUGCAAGUGAAGAUGAAGAAUUUAAGGAAAAUUAUAUCCAGACUCCAAGCAAAACCCAAAAUAGGAUGCCACAUCUGGGUCUCAGGUCAAAACUUAGUACUCCAAAGACUCCUUCCAGAACAUCAAGGCAAGCAGCCAAAAUAAAGGAUGUCAACAUGGUAGCCAAUUCAGAAGACUACUUUAUAGCCAAUGGAAGUUCAAAAAAGAUUGCUACAUCUGAUCACACACUAAGUCACCUCAAGACUCCAAGGCUGUCUGCAGGUACCCUACAGAUGGUGCUGUCAGAGGUGGGUCCAUCCCAUCCUGAGGAACAAAAAGCAAUGAUACAAGAACAUUCCUCUUUCUUCUCACGAUGGAUGACUUUAUUAUGUGAGGGGUUCAGCUUGUUUUUGUAUGGCCUUGGAAGCAAAAAGCAACUGAUAUCCACAUUUCAAGAGGAGUAUUUGGCUGAUUAUCAUCACAUCGUAGUAAAUGGAUUCUUCCCAUCUCUUUCAUUAAAAAAUAUUUUGAAUAGUAUAACAGAAGAUAUUUUAGAUAACACUGAUGGCUUCCAUGGUGUCCCAGAUCAAAUAGAGUACAUCAAGAAUGUCUACUCAAGAGCUACUGCAGAUCCCCUGUUUAUCAUCAUUCACAACCUGGAUGGACCAAUGCUUCGAGCAGCCAAGACUCAGACUGUCCUGGCCCACCUGGCUGCUCUCCCUGGCAUUCACCUUGUGGCUUCAUUUGACCACAUAAAUGCUCCACUAAUUUUGGAUAGCAUAAAGAUGAGAUAUUACAAUGCCCUAUGGACUGAUGCCACAACAUUCAACCACUACUCAGAAGAAACCUCAUUUGAAAAUUCAUUGCUGCUGCAGCAAUCAGGAGCACUGACAUUAUCAUCUUUAAUUCAUGUCUUUAAGUCUUUAACUCCAAAUGGCAAAGGCAUAUUUCUGGUCUUGGCCAAGUACCAAAUUGACCAGAAAGAUAACUCUUCAUAUGCUGGUAUGUCUUUCAUGGAUUUACGGCAGCGCUGUUGGGAAAAGUUCCUGGUCAAUUCAGACUUGAGCUUGCGUGGUCAACUUACUGAGUUCAAGGAUCACAAGCUCAUCCGCUUCAAGAAAGGUCCAGAUGGUGUGGAAAAUAUUACAAUUCCUCUUGAUGCUGUCAAGUUAAAAGAUUUUAUUGAAGAACAGGAGCUAAAUGAGGUGUAGGUCAGGUGGACCAUUACGUGCCAGAGCCAAAUUUCAGGUUGUCUGCCUCAGCCAUAGCUCUGGGACUCCCACACAGGAGCCCCACAAGACAGACAAGACAGCCUUUUUCCCUACAUCUUUGUUGUGUGGCCUAUUGGGAACCUCUACAAAAUGCUGAGCCUGAGGACCCUCACAACUCUUAAUCCAGCUCUGGUAGCUACUAUUGCCUUUUUAAGUACAAAUGCUUGAAAGGGAAGUGAGAUUUCAUUUUGUAGAAUGGAAAAAGUUUAGGGAAUGUUAUUUAGCUGAUUUUUAGUCACUGAAAUGUUGCCUAGGUGCUGUUUGGUAUCUGUGAAGUAAUUGUACAAUGGUUGCUGUUUAGGUUAGUGGAAAAUCAUUCCCAUUUGAUUUAGUGAAGGCAAUUGUUUUAAAUUAAGUAGUGUGGCUAGCUACAAUAAACACUAUUGGACUUUUAAAAUUGGGAUGUUAGAUUUGUACAGGAGAGAUGGAGAUUGAACUCAUUAAAUCUUAGGAACUGGUGUUCAUUUUACUCAUUUAUGUAAAUUGUUUUACACAAAUUAAUGUUAGAAUUUUAUAAAUAAUAAAUACUUGUAUUUUAAA